AUGGACGAAGCUAACUAUUUUUGAAAACUGCGGUUUAUUGAAGAAAAAGACUAAAAAGAGAAUUCAAUUAUAUUAAAGCUGUAGGAAACAAAAAUGGCCUUUAGUGAAAUUUGUAGAAUUUGUUUAAGCGUUAAUGUACGCAUGUUUGUUCUAAAAAAGACUCACCUCCAAAAUUUAUAUAAAACAUUGACGAACAGAUUUAUGGAUGACGAUGAGGGGCCCAUAAUUGUGUGUUUCACCUGUCAUGCAAGACUCAUUCGUUGUAGAAGAUUACAACAACAGGCUAUUGAGGCAAAUGCAGUUCUGGAGCAGUUGCUUGCAGGAGGGUCCAUGGUAUUAUCCAUUCCAUCCAUUAAAACCUAUAACAAUCUACUGCUGAACAUAGGCCGCCCUCAUAGAUUGCUUCUUAGGAGGGAUUCUGCCAAAUUUGCCAUGAUUGGCAGGUUGGCAACCAGUUUAUAUUAGCCUGAGUUAUUAUCAGGAAGAUGCUGCUGCCCAAUUACUGUUACACCCCUCCUGUGGGUGGGUUUAUAGGGUAGUGGAUAUUGGAAUGAAGUAUUUGCCUUAAUCAUCACUUGGCAGGCAUCUUGAUGAACACUACCUGUCUGGCGCCUUGUAUAUUGCUUCCCGUUGCCAUAUGGGAGAAUGAUUUUUCUACUGCAAAGUUAAGUUUGUUCUUCAAUCCAACUUACUUUUUUGUUAUAGCAGUUAGUAUUUUUUAGUAUGUAAAGUACUUAUUAUUACAAAAAUAAUUAUCUAACUCUUUAUACUCUUAUAUAUUACCCUAUUGUAUAUAAACAAAAUAUUAUCUAUAUGUAAUAUUACUUAGUAAACAAAAAUAGAUCUUUGUCAUUUUACAGCAUUUGUGAAUCUGAUUCGAAAAAUUGUUGAGACUCAAUUCUCUGGAUGGAUAAACUAUCUACAUUCUUAUUUGAGUUUAUUCAGAACCCUCACUUUUGUCCAGUUUUUAUUAUUAUUUGGAGUUGUUGUCAGGAAGAUGCUGCUGCCCAUCUCCUGUUUCAGUUUGCCUCUGUCUCUUUUUACGACAUCUGCGAGAUGGUUUGUGGUAGUAUGGAUUCUCCUACUCCACCACUACACUGACUUUUUUCUCUUAUUUAAAAAAAUAAUUUGGUUUUAGUCAAUAACAAAACCACAUGAUGAGAUUCAAUUCACACCAAUUUGUCAUAUAGAUAUCAGACCAGAAGAGUGUGAUAUAGUAAAUCAUUGUAAGGAAGAAAUUUUUAGUCUUGAUUCUAUUAAAGUUGAGGCAGGUAAUUUCGAAAAUGAGAAUUUCAAAUUUGAAGAACAUGGGAAUCAUGAAACAGGUAAGAUAUACACAUUUUGUGAUAUUAUUAAAACAAGGUACAAUUUACCUAAUGGCAAGUUGUUACUGCAGCCCAUGGACACAAAAAAAUAGGGCUUUAUGUGCAAUGUAGUUCAAGUACUGGUUUUCCACCCGCUUUCAGAAAUUCCGCUGUAAUUCCAUCCUCACCCGGGGACUUGCCAGUCUUAAGGUGCUGGAGAGCCAUUAUAAUCUCGCUCAGACUGAAGUCCAGAAUAUCAUCGGAAUAGUGUCUGAUAAGACUUGCUGUUGGAUCGUUACUCAACUUGCGUGUGGCUCCAACGAUGACGUGUACAGCUGCUCAUAGAAACGUUGCUGCCACAUUCGGUCUUCAGUUUCGAAAGUUGGAUCUUUCUGGCAGACAGAUCUCUGGCAAAGACUGGAGCUCUGAUUCCACUCGAUCGCUUCUUUAAUAUGAGCUGUAUUAAAGUUGCGUAAGUCCCGCCGCAUGCGUUUUUAGAUCUGUCUCUUCAGUUGCAUGUAUGUUGUUAAAUCUGCUGAAGACUGCAGCUUCAUUUUCUGUCUAACAGCUAUGAGAUCAGAGAGUUUUUGUGCAUUUCUGCGACGGGUCUUGCAGAAAUUAGCUCUGACCGCAUGGACAGUUUCCACCAGCUUGGCUUAGCUUAGGCUUCUCUCUUUUGCCUAGUUUUGCAUUGAAGUCUCCCAUUGACACCGUAUAGUGACUUUUGGAAGAAUGCAUGGCUCUAGAGAUAUCCUCAUACAUUUCCUCCACCCUCUCAUCGGGAUGUGCCGAGGUUGAUCCUUCCGCAAAUACCGUUUGGUGAUUCUUAGUAUAAGGUAUGCAACCCUCGUCGACACACUCCAAAUUUUUACAAAGUUGUCAACAAGUGACUUGUGCACUAUAAAUCCAACACCUCCUUGGGACAGAUGGUCGCCCUUAUAGUGAUAGAACUAGUUGCCGGAUUCGAGGAUUACCAUAUCCUCCCCCUCUGCUGCCCUCAGAUAAUUCUAUAAUAUCCCAGCGCAACUUGUCUAUCUCUUCUUCCAGCUCCAAGAUCUUCUCGUCAGUCCUCAGGGUGCGUGCGUUAUAAGUUGUCAGGUCGAGUCGACUUGGAUGGUAACCGAACCCCCACCGGAGAUUCUUAGCACCCCCUGCCCCGCUGUAACAAUGGUCGCCACCGUAGCCAGGACUAGCGGGGCUGCCGAGUACUGGGGGCCAUUUAUAUGUGUAGUUGCUUAUGGGGGGUAUACUGCCAUAGUUGCCACGCUUGGCUAUUGGGUUGGUAACCGCAGUUUUUUAUUGUUUUUUUUUUUGCUGUUAUCAGGAAAGUGCCUUUUUUUUACUUAUUAUAAGCCAGUGCUUGACCACAAUCCCACCUGGUGGUAAGUGGUGAUGCAGCCUUAGAUGGUAAAUCGCACUGUCUUAGCGUAACAAAAGCCUAUCACUCUUGCCUUGAAGACGCCCAGAUUGUAAAUAAAACUCUUGAAUUUUUUUUAAUAGGUACAUAAUAAUGGUAAAUACAGUUACAAUAUUUUUCUUUUGUAUUUGUGAAUUGUCAAAUAAAUUAGUGGGUACAAUAAAAAGUAUGACAUUAAUUUUUGUUAUAUUAAAUUUUAUUUAAAUUUAUCAUUUUCAUUUAUCUAUUUAUACAGCCCAACCAGAUGAGAAAACUAUUUGAACACCCCAAAAUAUUUUUAAUGUAUAUUUUGUAAGAGAGCUCUAAUGCAAAUUAUAGUUUGGCGUAAAUGUUUUAGUAACACAUAUCCUUAUGAAAUAUAGUUAGUGAAUAACUGUUGUUGACUGUAUUUUCUAAUAUUAUUUGUAAAAUUUGUUUGUUGGCUGUUGUUAUCCUAAAACUGGGAGCCUAACUUUAGGAAUUUAUUUUUUUCACCCAUUUUAGUACUUCGUACAUUUUUGAAAAACAAAGGUGGAGUGGACUGCGCAAGUUAGUUAGGGGUGCAAUACCAGUGCUUAAUGCGUAUUUCAGAACAGUAAUUCACACCGACAAAUAAUUUUUCAGAAUCGUCUGAGACGAAGAUUAAAUCAAAUUCCACUGAUAGUGACAUAAACGUAGUAUGUGAAGAAAACCUCAAUUUUGAAGGCCCUACAUCAAACUCUAAAGUGAAAAAAGAUAAUCAACCAAUUAAUAAAAAAGGAAAGCGUCCUGCAAAUAUUAU